AUGGAUUCAGAAGCACGACGCCGGUGCGAAGCCAGAGCCGUGGGCCGUACGCCCGAAGAACAUGCCGCUCUCGAGCAAGCGUUGGCUAGACGACGAGCCAGACGUCGUGAAGCUGAGCGUCAACGCGAUCUGGAUCGCGUACAGACUGGGCCUAUUCAGCGUGAUGCCUAUGGAGGUGAUGCGAGCGGUCUGAUGAAGCGCAUUUCGCGCUAUUCCCAGGAAGUCGAACUGGUGCAGCGUGCAAUGCGUCUGGAAGCGUUUGGGUACGAAGAAGAGAACUAUGAGGAUGGUGCCAGCUCUGGACCGGACGACUCCGAGGACGGGAAUGAAGACGCGCAAGCCGAUCCGCCCGCGACGUACCAAGAGUACAAGCGAGAGAAGCAAUCAUCGAACCGAGGCCUACACUGGAAUGAUGGGCUUGAGUACGCGAUGUUUCGCAUGCGGGCUCAGGCCGCUUCACCUGCCCCCAUGCCGCCGACGCUGAAGGAUCCGCCGCGCCGCCGUGGUCAUACUCGAUUGUCAGACCGCAAAGCCCGGGGCGAGGGGUGGCAUCGCGGCGGCUACAGGGACUUGGGAGACAUGUGGAUCAACGUGAAGGGAGGCACCUACGGGUCCGUGAAGGGGCAGGACGUCAACGAAAAUGCGACUGUCAAACAUUUCGUCUGGAGUAUCUUCAACUAUUGGGAGUCGGUAUACCCGCCUGGCUGGUACUGCGACCUCUUCUUCCGGAAGAAAUCCCUUAUUCGGAUGCUCGUCGAUCCCGAGAACGAUGGCGUGCAAGAGCACGAAAGGCUAGUCCGCGAUUAUUUCGACGGCGGCGAAACGGUCUACUUCACGGCCUUUGAUAGUGCAGGCAGGGAACGCGAUAUACGCUGCUGA